AUGUCUGCGCCGGAAUGGCGACCGUCGGCGGCGGUGCCGAUCACUGCGCCCGGCGCGUCGCGCGCGGACGACGCCAAGAAAGGCACGUCGCUCUCGAACGUUUUGUCGAGUACGAACGCGAAACUCGCCACGAUUUCGUUCCAGCCGCGCGGCGCGGCGGGUGCGGAGAGCGCCGCGCCGGCGCCAGCGCAGCUGCGAGCGAACCUCGCCGAGGCGCCCGUGUUUGUGCCCCGCGGUGCGGCGACGCCGCAGGCCGCGUCACCGACGAAAGGGUACGACGAAUUUGUACCGCCGACGUACGAUCCCUCGUACGAUCCCGCCUAUGUGCCGUUUGAGCCGAGCGCGUACGAGGCGCCGCGCGAGGACGAGACGCGCGUGCGCCAUCCGCUGCAGUACCACCUGUACGCGCCGCCGUUCCCGCAUGUGAGCAACUUUCACCCGUCGCACCUCGCGGCCAUGACCUUUUUUAUGGACGGCGCGAUGCAAGAGACGCUGCAGCGCAAGCACGAGGCGCUGUACGCGACGCGCGGCCCGUCCGAGCUCGGCGCGGAGCCGCUGCCGGAUACGCUGCACGUCUACCAUUCGCUCGUGCCGCUCGAGGCGGGGGGGAGCACGCCGCCCGCCUCGCUGCUCGAUCCCCGCUUCGACGGGGCGAAGCACGGCCUGACCGGCGCGAGCGGCGACCCGAGCCGCGUGUUUGGCUACCGCAGCCACCUGUACAAGGCGACGUGCGUGCUGGAUGGCAAAUGCUACGUGCUGCGGCGCAUUGAAGGAUUCCGGCUGCAGCACGAGGCGGCGAUCACCGCCGUCGAGCGCUGGCGCAAGAUCCGGAAUCCGUCGAUCGUCGCGGUGCGCGAGGCGUUUACGACGCGCGCAUUCGGCGAUGCGUCGAUCGUGUUUGUGUACGACUUCCACCCGCUCGCAACGACACUCUACAUGGAACACAUGACCGUCAAGCCGCUGCAGCCCGACCGCCGGGGGCGGCUGCAGCCGGCGUCGAUGCACGUCCCCGAGCGCGUGCUCUGGAGCUACCUGUGCCAGCUCGGCGCGCUCUUGCGCGUGAUCCAUACGGCGGGCCUCGCGGCACGGUGCAUCGAGCCGAGCAAGGUGCUGCGCACCGCGCAGAACCGCGUCCGGCUGAACGGGUGUGCGGUGUUUGACGUGCUGAUGUACCAGGCGCACCCGCCGCCGGACGCACUCCUGCAGCAGCAGCGCGAGGACCUCGUCGCGCUGGGCCGCCUCAUGCUGUGCAUCGCAUGCAACAAUGUCGCCGCGGCGCAGAACGCAGACACGAGCCUCGAGACGCUGCGCAAGGGCUACUCGGCGGAGCUGCACGGCCUCGUACGGCGCCUCCUCGAGACGCACGACACGGACGAGCGCCUAAGCGCAGAGACACUCAUCACGGCGCUCGCGCCGCACCUCGCCGACGACCUCGGCGCAGGGCUCAACCACGCAGACAUGCAAGAGGCGGCACUCUUGCGCGAGCUCGAGAACGCGCGCCUCGUGCGCCUUCUGUGCAAGCUCAACAUGGUCAACGAGCGGCCCGAGUACGAGCGCGACGGGCAGUGGAAGGAGACGGGCGACCGCUACGUCCUGAAACUCUUCCGCGACCUCGUCUUUCACGCAGUGGACGAGCAGGGGCACCCGGUCGUGGACCUGAGCCACGUCCUGAUGCACCUCAACAAGCUCGAUGCUGGCAUCGACGAGCGGAUCAUGCUCACGUCGCGCGACGAACUGAGCUGCCUGGUCGUGUCCUAUGCGGAAAUUAAGAAAUACAUCGAGGCGGCCUAUGCAGAGCUCGUACGUAGCUAG